AGCCAAGGAGAGCAUGAACAUCCUUGACCCCCACAGAAAUGGCCAAGAAAGGGAAGGAGGUGGGCAGAGCGGGCAAAGGGAAAGACGUCAGAAAGGGGAAAAAGGGGCUUGUCACUCAGCUGGACGAUGGGUCAGACACUGACUUGGCGAAGAGCAACACCGAGGAAAGCGAGAUGGGCAGCGAGCUGGUCGAGGGAGAGGAGGAGGAGAAUGAAGAUGACCCUAAGAAGAAGAAGGGGAAGGACAAGAAAGGAGCGGUCAGAGGGGCCAAGAAGGGAGGCAAAGGGAAGAAAGGGCAGCCAGAAGACGAGGAGGACAAAGAACUUCCUGCCAAGACGACGAGGCAGCUGAAGGGGGCCUCCAAGCUGGUCAUGGGCCUGGCUGCAGAUGACGCCAAGAAGAAGAAAGUGGCCAAGAAGGAGCAUGCCAAAGCCCAGCUGAAGGGAGCCACGAAGGCCAUGGCCAUGGCCAAAAAAGAGCCAGCAGCCCCGCCCAAGAAGAGGCGGAGCUUGAAGAGCACAUCCAGGCUCUUCAUGGGCAUGAAAGGGAUGGGCCAGCAGAAGAGCACCAAGAAGAGCCAUUUCAAGAGCACCUCACGCUUCUUCUGGGGGCUGAAGAAGUACAGCACCAAGAAGAAGAAGAAGCAGAAGAAGAACAAGGGGGUGCUGAAGUCCACCUCCAACCUGAUGAUGCGUUUCAAGUCUCUUGGAAGGAAGAAGGAGAAGAAAGAGGCCACAGCUGGCAAGGAGACAAAGAAGCCGUCCUUCAUGCUGAUUCGGUUGGGAGGGGGGAAAUCGGAAGAUCGCCGAAGUAAAGGAGGGGGCAUUUUGGGCAGCCUGUUCCGGCGGAGGAAGGCAAAUCAGAACUUUAAGCCCCAGGCCCAGCUGGUCAGCAAAGUGGCUGCCAUCGCCAACUGGCUGACCCGGAAAUUCUUGAGCAAACGUGGGUACAGAUAUGACAAAGGGGUGACCGAUGAAUCUUGGCUAGCCAAGAUUGGAGCCAAGAAGCUCCCUUUCCCCUCAGAAGAUGAAGUUCUAAGACACCGAGCAAAUAUGAGAAGAGUUCCUGGAGUCAAUAGGCGCUAUGGCCAAUACCAGGACAAAUUUGGCUACUGGGACCACCCGGAUUCUGCCAGGCUACAAGAUUACUUUGACGGCUAUGAAGAAGAACAAGGUUGUUACGAUGUACAGUCCCCUUUCAAGUAUGGCUUUUCUAAUUAUAACCAGGAUUGUUAUGGGAGGCAUCCAAUGGAAGAAGAAUAUGGGCCUUAUGAUGAGGCAGAGGACUACGAUGAGCAAGACCCUUAUGAAUACCACAGUGACAAUCAAAAUUAUGGACCCUCUUUCGAUUUCCCACCUGAUGAACCUUAUGAUGACUUCAGCAGUGAUUCUGAAGUGGAAGGGGAUCCCUAUUGGUUCCAUUAUGGAAGAACACAAGAAUUGGAAGACCCCGAUGAGGAGGAAGAUGUUUACUGUCAGCAGGAAGUUAAUGACAGUGAGCAAGAUUGGGUCGCCCAGGCACAGCCUUCGUGCAACCCAUACGCCUGUCUGCUGGAUGACAUUGCUGAGGUGGAAGAAGCAGACAGAGUUGAGGCUGAGCCAGAAGAUGAUCCCAUUGCUUCAUCCCAUUUUUCUGUUUUUGAACGAGGAGAAAAGGUCGCUGCGAUGUCACCUUGGAACAGGAAGUUCCGACUGUUCCCAAGGCCCCAAGUGAAGUUGUUUGGCAAGGAGAAGCUUGACAUCCCGCUCCCUCCUUCCCCGCAGAUUUCUCUGGCUUAUUUAGAUCCUGAGGAGGAAGGCACCAAUGAGGAGGAAGAGCAGGUCCCUCUGAUUUCUCCUUUUGCCCAAUUUGAUGGUCAUUAUCUGGAGCCAUCUGGGUCUCAGAGCACUUUUCCAAAGCUGCUCCCUGGCCAUUUUGUGAGCAAGCUUCAGAGGCCCCUCGGUACCAACUUGACUAGGAGGACCUGGGUUAGGGAUCCAUGUCACACGAAGCCUCACCUGUCUCCAAGAGACUGUGGGAGCCCUCUGGGGCAGUUCCCACAACAAUCCAUCUCUCAGCCAAGGCCCAUUCUAAAGCACCACGGGGACUGGGGAAGGAACCGACCAUCCGUGCCCGAGCCAAGCAGAAGAACUCUGUCUCCACGGUUUGGGAAGAACAGUCCUCUGGGGCCAUCUUCUCCUCAGCUCCCAAGGAGGACUUUUGAAAAGCCAAGUUCCACCUUUCCCCCAAGAUCUGUCCGGCGGCUUAGCGAUCCAGGGAAACACAACCCUAUUAUCUCGCCUUCUCACACCGCAGUACUACUACGAGGUGCUCUUCAUGAAGAGUUGCAAAGCACUCUCCCGUUUAUCCAGUCAACUUCCAAUAAAAAGUCACUCCGAGACCUCAGCUUCAGUAGGAGGGAAUCCCAUCAAGCAGCUGCUAAGGACACCGACUCCCAAAGGCACAGCUCCCCUCGACUCUCUCACAGGAGUUCUCCUCACAUGUUGGCUCGUCAAGGAAGCCACAGAAUCAGCAUCCGAGAGUCACCACCAGGGUCAUCUCCUUAUGCCCAGCCUCCCCGUGAAACUGAUAGACCGACGGAAGCUCAGGCGCAGCCCCAGCUAAGGUGGCAUCAUGUCUCAGGGGAGGAAAUAGCGACACCUUGGAAUUCCUCACCCAAGAUGGGAGCCACUAAAAGCUUGAGAAAUGUUUCUGAUUUGCCCCGACCACCAAAUCAAGCUCCAAACACCCGGAAGAACUUCAUUCAGCGCAUUGGUCAGCCCCUAGCUGGAAUGGCUCAGGCUGCUUCUCCCAUUCAAUUCCUUCCUGCAGAAACAACAGGACAUUUAGAAGAUAGGAAUCCAUACCUUGCACAGUUGGGUCCAUCUCCAGAGCAGUCACAAGUUUUCUCAAGGCAGCGAUUUUCCCCACGUUCUCCAGCUGCUGUUGCAUCAGUGAAGCAGAAGGCAGAGGCCAUCCCUCCUAGGCCUUCUAUUCCAAAAGUGGGACAUGAGCUCUUGGGUGGGAAUUUGCCCUGCACCAUCCCUGGUGAUAAUCCUGGCAGUUUGGGGAGAACCAACCUCAGCCCCUUGUCCCAAAGAAUGGUUUCAUUCAAAAGACCCCACACUGUGGAGAAAGUAGGUUCCUCUUUGGCCAGACCGCCCUCCUUUCACACCCAGUAUAACAAGCCGGGAAGACCAGAUUCUGUCCGCAGACCUACGGAGCUGCUAGAAGAUGAAAUGGAAGGCAGCAUCGGGAGAUACGCAGUGGUGAUGCCCCAAGUCCAGCGGAUGGGUUCUUCUCCUCGGAGAAGGUCCCAGAGGCAAAACCAGCCCUGGUCUGAGUACCACACAGUGAACGUGCAUGAGAUGCCAAACAAAUGGACCUCGGAGAAGCUCUUCCAACACCCUCCAGCAGAGAGUUUUAAGGCACAGGCAGCUCAUCAUGGAGGAGAAAGAGGAAGAGGGAGAGGCAGUAGUGUCUUCUGGUACCUGACACGGGGAGCAUCUGAGUUCAACAACGAACAUGGAGAGACCACCAGGGACCGGCCAUGCAAGAUGCAUUCCAUUCACAACUUGCCAUCUGCAGCCAACCCAGGAGGGCCAAGUAAUGACAGUGUGGAUGACUUGACCCAGCUGGAAGAGCUUCAAGAAAGUGUGGUCCUUCACAACAUCAAAAGGAGGUUUGAGCGGGGACUGAUCUAUACCUACAUAGGUAGCAUCUUGGUGUCAGUGAACCCUUACAAAACGUUCAACAUCUACGGAACGGACCACGUCCUGAAGUAUGAAGGCAAAGCUUUGGGAGAGAACCCGCCACACCUUUUUGCAAUUGCUAAUGUUGCCCACAGCAAGUUAAGAGAUGCCAAACUCAACCAGUGUAUCAUCAUCAGUGGCGAAAGUGGGUCCGGCAAAACCGAGGCCACCAAACUGGUUCUUCGUUAUCUGGCAGCCAUCAACCAGAAACACGCUGCAACCCAGCAGAUUCUCGAAGCAACGCCCCUGCUGGAAUCUUUUGGAAAUGCCAAGACUGUGCGGAAUGACAACUCCAGCAGGUUUGGGAAAUUUGUGGAAAUCUUUCUGGAGGACAGUGGAUUGAUCUGUGGUGCCAUUACCUCCCAGUAUCUUCUGGAGAAAUCGAGAGUCAUCUUUCAGGCCAAAAACGAACGAAACUACCACAUCUUCUACGAGAUGCUCGCUGGCCUCCCCACGCAGCAGAAGCAGGCGUUUUGUCUUCAAGGUGCAGAAACGUACUAUUACCUGAACCAGGGGGGCAACUGUGAGAUUCCUGGCAAAAUGGACCUAGAAGACUUUCACCGGCUGCUCGACACCAUGGAAGUUCUGAAUUUCAGCCUCCAAGACCAGGACAGCAUCUUCCGAAUCCUGUCUUCCAUCCUUCACCUGGGGAACGUCUAUUUUGAAAAGUAUGAGACUGACUGCCAGGAGGUGGCCUCUGUGCUGAGCGCCAAGGAGAUCCGGGUCGUGGCUGAGCUGUUGCAGAUCUCUCCUGAGGGCUUGCAGAAGUCUGUCACCUACAAAGUGACGGAGACAAUGAGGGAGAAGAUCUUCACGCCACUCACCGUAGAAAGCGCCGUGGAUGCCAGAGAUGCCGUUGCCAAGAUCCUUUACUCACUGCUCUUCAACUGGCUCAUGGACAGGAUCAACAAGCAGAUGUACCCCAAGCAAAACACCCUAUCGAUUGCCGUCUUGGAUAUCUACGGCUUUGAGGAUCUCGGUUUCAACAGUUUUGAGCAGCUGUGUAUUAAUUAUGCCAACGAAUAUCUCCAAUAUUUCUUUAACAAGAUCGUCUUUAAGGAAGAACAGGAAGAAUAUAUCCGUGAGCAGAUUGAAUGGAGAGAAAUUGCUUUCGCUGACAACCAGCCAUGCAUCGAGCUGAUUUCCCAAAGGCCUCAUGGGGUUCUGAAUAUCCUGAACGACCAAAGCAGUUUCCCUCAGGCCACUGACCACACCUUCCUUCAGAAAUGCCACUAUCAUCACAGCUCCAACCUGCUGUAUUCCAAGCCCAAACUGCCACUGCCGGAAUUCUCUAUUAGGCACUACGCAGGCAAAGUGACCUACCAGGUACAUAAAUUCUUGGAUAAAAACUAUGAUCAAGUUCGCCAGGAUGUCCUGGACCUUUUUGUCAACAGUAAAAUCAAAAUGGUUGCCAGCCUUUUCUUCAGUCACGCUCAGCUGGUGGCCCAGCAGAGGACCAUGAUGGGGAAAAGCAGCACCGGCAAACGGAAGUAUAAGCCCCAAACGGUAGCUGCAAAAUUCCAGCAGUCACUUCUGGAUCUUGUGGAGAAGAUGGAGAGAUGCAACCCUUUUUUUGUUCGCUGCAUCAAGCCCAACAAUAAGAAGGAGCCAGGACUGUUUGAGGCUGAUACAGUCAGCAACCAGCUACGAUCCUCGGGAAUCCUGGAGACCAUCCGAAUCCGCAAAGAAGGCUUUCCUGUCCGCAUCCCCUUCCAAAUCUUCAUUGACAGGUACCGCUGUCUUGUCGAAAUCCGUACUGACAUCAUCCCAGAUGGGUGGAAUUCUGUGGGGGUGCUGAAGAAGCUGUGCCCGGUCACCCCGGAAAUGUACUGCAUUGGAACUACCAAGCUCUUCAUGAAGGAGAGCAUCUACCAGCAACUGGAGGCCAAGCGGGAACAGAUGGUUCACAUGGCGGUGGUGACGCUGCAACGCUACGUCCGUGGCUUCUUGAUCAAGAAACGCUUCUACGCCUUACGCUGCAAGAUUAUCCUCUUCCAAGCCCGGGCACGGGGUUAUCUUGUCAGGCAAAAAUAUUGGAGGCUGCGUCAGACGCUCAUCAAAUUCAGAUGCCUGGUACGCAUCUAUAUGAACCGCAGGAGAUACCUCAAGAGGAAGGAUGAGGAGCGUCAAACUGCAGAACAGGAGAAGAGGAAGGCUGAGCAGGAACUGAGUCAGCGGGAAGUGAUGAAAGUCUCACACUUGGAAGUCCCUGCAGAGCUGGUUGGACUCCUAAACACAGUGGCUGUUCACAAGCAAGUGAAUGAGGACUGUGUCAUUCCUGUCCCUCCACCCAAGAUGCAGGCCGACUCCCAGCUCACUCUGCCCCUGGACAUCAACAACUACCCCAUGGCCAAGUAUGUGCAGCUCCAUUUCAAGGAGCCGCUUUUUGGGAUGCUCACAAGGACCCUCUCAUCCCCCCUGACUCAGUUAGAUGACAGUCUGGCCCCUGAAGCCCUUAGCCUCUUCAAGCUGAUCCUUCGCUUUAUGGGUGAUGCCCAGCUCAAUGGCACCCAGGAGAACCUGCUUGGGAACUAUAUUGUACAGAAGGGGCUCUCCAUGCCAAGCCUGCAGGACGAGAUCCUGGCCCAGAUCGCUAACCAAGUGUGGCGGAACACCAAUGUCCACAACGAAGAGCAGGGCUGGCUCCUGUUGGCCUCGUGCAUCAGCACUUUUGUGCCCUCCCCCCAGCUGGAUAAGUACCUGCUGAAGUUUGUUUCUGACUAUGCCUUUGAUGGCUAUAAACCUGUCUGCCAACACAAGCUCAUGCAAGCAAUGGCAAUGGGGCAGGAUGGCGCAGAAGCCACCCGCGCCUAUCCACCCACCCUGCUGGAGUGGACAGCCAGCCGGGACCGAGUGAACAUGGCCCUCGAUGUUUACUGCUUCAACGGAGAUCAUUUUUCUUGCCCUGUCCAUUCCUGGACCACAGGCGAAGGCCUUGCUGCAAGUGUAUUGAAGCACAGGGGUCUUACAGAUGGAUGGCAAGGCUGGUCCAUCACCAUGAGGGACGGCACCCAGUGGGCCGAGCUGGCUGGCCACGACUAUGUCUUGGAUCUGAUUUCUGACCUGGAGCUGAUCCGAGGUUUCCCCAAGCAGAAAUCGUAUUUCAUCCUCGCCUCUGAAGAUCCAGAGAAAAACGCUGGUGGCAAAUUAGUAUUCCAACGUGGUCUGGAUUCAGAUGGGGGGGUUCCCCCUCCACCACUUACGAAGGCCCCCACUGUGGCCUCUGCCAAUCUGCCAGACUCCGAGGGAUAUUGCAGCCACGAUUCAGAUACCUUCAGUGAACCCCGGAGCCAAAAGGGGCUGGAUCACUAUCUGGAUAGCCUCUUCGAUCCUGUGCUCUCCUAUGGGAAAGGGGAACUAGAGAAGCCAGCUGCUAUCUCGCGCAGAAUGAAAGGGGGUGGCCGCGUUGGACAAGGCAACGGUGACGAUGUGACUGCUGGGGUCCCCCAGACCUCCAGAAAGAACGAGGAGACCCUGUUGACACAGCCGGCUUACGACCAGCAGCAAGCGUCAGUUCCAGUUAGCGAAGGCAGGAACUGUCCGGCUGAACGAAAGGAGAGCAACCAGGGUGAGCUGGACAGGUUCCUACACUUUUUCCUGGGACAGAUCCAGACAGUCGAGAGAUGGAUCCAGGCACCCUUGGCUCAUCACACAUCACAACCGGUCUCUACGCUGUGGGGACAGCAGCAGCAGGCAGUUGUGGCCGCAGCAGCAGGUCCAUCCUCCCCCAGUGGGUUCAGGAACACUAACCCCAGAUCCCGCAGACACAGAAGUCCUUCCCGGGCCCAGAGGAUUGUCAGCUCUGCUUCCAGUUCUCCCACAAAUCUACCUCUCCAGGGGGAAGCUGGAAGAAGGUUUGUGGGUGGAUCUGCAUCAUCUUUAGGCAUUGCCCAGAGGACGACGACCUUUCAGAAACCAGAGUCCGGCUCCAAGUUUCAGGCUGGUGAGCUUGUCCGCCAUUCCAAGCUGAAUUCGGAACACAACCCCGAGCCUACGCAGAAUAUCCGCAACAUCAUCAAACAGUGCCAGCAACCUUCGCGGGUUCCAGAGCCAAUCAGAAAGGAAGGGGGGAAGGUCUUUGUGAAGAAAAUGGACCCCCAUGAAGAAGCCUUGAUGAUCCUGAAGAGACAGAUGGCACCUACAGAGGUACCCCGGCAACCCCUUCAGGCUGUCCAAGAAACAGCACCAAGGGAGACCAUUGCCAUGGUGAGGCCAGUGGCUAGUGCCAAGGCCGCUGAGCCCCCUGCCAUGGCCCGGCCUUUCCCUGAUGCCUCUUCAGCCCCGGUCUCGCGAGCGUUAGCAUCUGAGGACGAGCCGGUCCAGACGAGGCUCCACCGUCGAAGCAGCGAGGGGUUUUAUGGGUACCACAAUGUCUCUUGGAAGAUCUAUCUCAGGAAGGAGGUUUUUUACCCAAAGGAGAAUAUCAGCAGCCCUCUUCUGCUGGACCUCCUUUUUCGGCAGAUCUUCAACGAUACUCUGUCUGACGCCUGCAUUCGUGUCACGGAGGGGGAGAAGUUACACAUGAAAACGCUUUUUGCAGAAAACAAGCUGGACUCCUUCAGCCCGGUAGCUGAUGAAAGCGUCAAGAAGGAAAUUAUCCGUGUGGCCCGGGAGAAUUGGGAGGUGUAUUUCUCCCGUCUUUUUCCAGCUACAGGCAGCGUUGGCACCGGAGUGCAAAUCUUGGCCGUGUCCGACACGGGGAUUAAACUCCUGCGACUGGUCAAAGGGGCCAAUCUUCCUGGGGAGCAGGUCCGGGUGCUGCGAGGCUAUAGCUAUAGCGAGCUCCUGUUUGUCAGCAUCCCCUCCAAGAACAUGCUGGAAUUCAACCUGGUCAAUGAGAAGCUGAUCCUCUUCUCCCCCAAAGCUGUCCAGGUAAAGGCCCUGAUUGACCACUUUAUCAUGGAACUCAAGAAGGACUCACAAUAUAUGGUUGCCAUUAAGAACCAUAUCACAAAUGCUGAAAACUUUCUGAGUUUUCACAAGGGAGACAUCAUUUGCCUGCGACCCAUGGAGGGCUUGGAACCAGACCACUGUUAUGGCUGCGUGGUGAGGAAGAAAGUGAUGCUCCUGGAAGAGGUCAAAAAAGGCACCCUGGAUUUUGGGUGGAAGUUCGGUGCCAUCUACGGGAAGUCGGGGCUCUUCCCCGCCAGUUGCGUCCAACCAGUGGCAGCCCCGGAUUUCACGCACCUGCCCACGGAGAAGAAGGAGGACCCCAACAACAAGCAGGCCAAGGUGGCUGGCCCGGCCUCGGUGGCUGUGGCUGUGGCAUCAGCGGCUGUGGCUCAGGAGCUGGACAGGAAGGUUGAGGUUUCCCCAGGUGGCGAGGAAUACUUGGAGAGCUGGGAGGAAUUUAAGAGCACCCCAGAGAAGAGACCACAAGGAGGCCCCUUCACCAUGCUGGAGUUUGCCAAGAAGUAUUUCCGAGAAGGGCAGAGGGCAAAGACGGACAAGCAGAAAUCGAAGAAGGGUGUCGAAUCCAAGAGUGUGGCAGAUGUUCUGAAAUACACCAAGUGCCCCAUCCAGGAGUCGCUCAUUGGAUUCACCAACAGCAGCCUGAACAAAAUAGCAGCAGAAUCCUUUCAGGCUGUGAUGAAGUUCAUGGGUGACCUUCCACUCAGAGGACUGUCUGAACUGGAUGUGGUCUAUACUUUGUUGAAGCUCUGUGGAGACCACGAGGUCAUCCGGGAUGAAGUUUUUUGCCAGAUCCUCAAGCAGAUCACAGACAAUGUCAGCAGCAAGAUGAACAGCUGCCAGAGAGGAUGGAAGCUUCUCUAUAUCCUGAGUGCCUACUAUAGAUGCUCCGAGGUCUUCAAGCCCUACCUUCUACAGUUCCUCCAGGAGGUCUCUGGCUGCCCUGGUUUGCAUUUCCAAGGCAUCGCCAAGGCCUGCGAGCAGAACUUGUGGAAGACUUUCAAGUUUGGUGGCCGCUGUGAGUUUCCCAGUAACGUGGAGCUCAGAGCCGUGGUGGUUGGAAGAAGUUCAAAGCGUCAGCUGUUUCUCCUUCCGGGAGGGAUCGAAAGGCACCUCAAAAUCAAGACUUGCUCGGUUGCCCAGGAUGUCAUAGAAGAGAUCUGCUUUGAAAUGGGUCUGCACCAGCCUGAAGCCUUCAGAGAAUAUAUCAUUUUUGCUGUCUCUAGUAGAAAUCAGAAUGUCCGGCCUUUGGACAGGCGGGAGUACAUCCUUGACGUUGCCAUGGAAAUGGAGAAUGUGGACAGCAGCUACAUGUUCUGGUACCGGCGUGUGAUUUGGACCCAGCCGCUGAAAUUCGACAACGAGCUCUACGUCACCAUCCAUUACAAUCAGGUGCUACCUGACUAUCUGAAAGGUCUCUUCAGUAUCUCGUCUUCUGCAAAGCCAAGUGAACAACAGUUCCAGCAAGUCUCCAAAUUGGCUGCUCUGCAGCUCUGGGUGAAGGGCCUGGCAACCCCACCGGAAAUUCAGGAUUACAUCCCACCCCAAUUCUACCAUCUGCAGACGGCUCAGGCGUGGUUGGACAUGGUUGCCCCCUACUUGCAACAAGCACAGGCCUUGAGUGCCCACCAGGCCCGGGCACAGUUCUUAGGGCUCCUGAGCGCUUUCCCCACGUUUGGCUCUUCGUUCUUCUACAUCCAGAGCUGCAGCAACAACACCAUCAUUUCCCCGUGCAUCCUGGCCGUGAACCAGAAUGGGCUGAAUUUUCUCAACAAGGAAACUCAUGAGCCCAUUGCAACGUUCGCUCUGAAGGAGAUCCACUCUACUCGCACCCAGCGAGCCCCGGCCGGGUCCAGCUACCCCAACGUGGAGAUUAUGCUGGGAGACUUGAUGUCUUGCCGGAUCACACAGCUGCAGCUGAAGCAGGGCCUGGAACUGUGUCGUGUCAUUGCCACCCACAUGGAGAGCCUGCUGCAUGCACGUGAAAAGCGGCUGACGCUGCCCCCAAGCGAGAUUACUUUGUUGUGACCGGAUCUGCUGUUCUGCAUCUCUCUCUUCCAGAUUCCAGAACAGAGCUUGGUCCUACUCUAAACCAGCCUGGAAGAUACCUCUGAGCUGUCAACAGCUUUUCCUGGAGAGCUCAAUGAUGUCCCCAUUGCCAUCUCCAGAUUUAGGGGAGGGAAUGCAUGGAUGAGAGCAAGUGACCCCAGGGCAUCUCAUCCUGUCCAUUUCGCUGGCCAAUCCCUCCAGGCCCCAUCCACCCAGAACUAGUGAAGCAAGUGGAGAAAGGCAAUGCUUUUGCGUAGUUUUUAGCACACUUACUAAAGCAUGGGCUACAAGGAGAAGGCAGGAGGCUUAAGGACAGAAACCCGGAGGGACCUUUGCUGAUCCCAACACCAGCCCUGCAACCAGUGUAGUGGAAGAGACAUGGGACUUCUUCGUUUCUGUCAUGGUGUCAUUGCAUUUCCAUUUAUUACCACGCCAUAGGAUGUUAUUAGAUGCCUUCCUUAAAUCUGUAUUCCACCUUCCCUCCAGGACCAAAAGAUGGCAUGCCUGUUCCCUCAGCACCACCACACAUGCACACAAACACACCACCUUUUCUUCCAUGUCUAUGAUUAGUGCACCAGGCCAAGAUAUUGUGGCUUGUCCAUGCUCAGACAGCAUCUCUGCUGAGCAACGAUUGAAAUAUGGGUCUCCCCAACCUUAAUCUACUACUC